GGGGAGGUGCCGCGGCGGCGGUGCCAGCGCCCGGCCCGGGAGGAUGCGGACGCGCUGACGGAGCUGCCGGCUCCCCUCUGCCGCCGUGCAUGGGCGGCGGGCGGCUGCCGCCUCGCCUCGCCUGCCCCGCCGGCACUUUUAGGAUUUGACAGUUUGCGGGACACUUCAUCAGCGACGCAAGCGCCUGCAGCAAGGACAGUUUUUGGAGGCGACAUCCGUUGAUGUGAUUGAAGCAUGACAGAGGUGAUGAACACACGAGAACCAGUGAUGGAGGAAUUCGCACUCAGCCAGACUCCUGAGGAAGAAGGAGGCCCUUCAAGCCAGGCCUUCCCAGACUCACGUGAGAAGUACCCCAAGCUGUCCAAAAGACUGCCUUCGAUCGUGGUGGAGCCGACUGAGUCCGGGGAGGUGGAGAGCGGGGAGCUGCGCUGGCCUCCUGAGGACCUGAAAUCAGCAGAGGACAAGGGUCUUCAUGGUGACCAGAGAGUCUGUGUCCAGCAGCAGCAGCAGCAGCAGCAGAUGGAUCUGGAAGAUACUUUAGCACACCCAGCUCAAGAAGUGGAAGACAGUACAGACACCCUGGAAAGCAGAACUGAAGAGCAUGAAUAGGAACUCCAUGGCCUCAGAAGUGAAACUUCAUUGUGAAUGUUGUUGGAAAGCUAACACACUCUGAAGACAUGUCAAAGUAAUCUGUAUUUAAAUCUGCAAGGGUUUUAUUUAGUUAGUACCUAAAGAAGUGUCUGGGCUUUAGAACUGUUCUUUUAACAUUUUGAUUUUCAGGCUGGGAUUCAUACUAUUUGUUUAAUUUUCCCUUGGGAAGCAGUGGGAUGUGUUAGGAAAUAUGAGACUGUCAAGGAAAAGAUGCUCCUCAUUUCAAUUAGUGCAUUGCAUUGGUUUUACCUUUUUCAAGAAAGGCUGCUUUCAGAUAUCAACAGCAGGACAAAGGUAUUGCGUUUCUACAGGAAGGAUGUCUUAAAUCUAAAACCUUUCUUUUUUUUUUUAGCCAUUUAAAACUAGCACUGUGAUAUUAUGGACAAUAGAUGUAAUAUAAUGUCACCAGUUGAUUUUGUAACUUUUGUAUAGAGAUGCAAGGGCAAGGUUUGCCUCCUGGCUGCCGCCCCGGGGCAGCCCAGAGCAGUUCUCUCCCUUUGGCUAACCUGGGCAAAUUUGGAUGAACCAGCCUUUCCUUAGCUGCCUUUUCAGUAAGGCUGAUGCCUUUUGGAAGCGCUUUCUCUCUGUACAUUGAUGAAACGAUGAGCUAGUCGCUGGUGUUUGUGGAGUGGGGCUGUCUGGGGUGGGCUUGGUUGGGUGGAUCGUGCUGUUCGUGCACGCUUCAGGCCAGAUGGGGAGCACUUCCCUCCCUUAAAGCCAAUGAGAUGGCUCCUGCUCCCCCCAGGGCUGGUUUUGUUCCACCUUGUUAAUAGAAAUUGUUGUGACAUUUCUUCUUUGGUAUGUUUGGUGUAUAACCCAAGUGCAGAGAUGCAUCUGUUCUUCUCCCGACCCAAGCUGGGCAGCGGUAGGGGGUAGGUGGCAGGAGCUCCCUAGCACAUCCCAAACCUGUCCUUCAUUUUGUCUGGCUUCAGGUUUCCCCCUGAGCCACCUGCAGUAGGAGAGGGUGGAGGAGAGCUGCAGUGGUGGGACAAACACCUGCCUCCCUCUUGCCCCAGUGGCACUGCUGGUGGGAGCGCACAUGCCAAGGGAUACCCUCACAGCUCCCUUGGCUUUGGAUGCAUAGUCACCUCCUGGGGCCCAGAGCUCACAGGAGGACAAGCUGUCUGUGGACACCUCUGGCCUCCAGUGGAUUUUCCUUGGGAAUUUGGGGGUCAUUUUGACAGAUGUGAACCCCUUCCUGCACGGGAACCUCCAAGAGACUCCCUCCCAGUGUCCCAGGAGAAGUAUCUAUCUCAGCUCAAAACCCUUUGGAUGGUGCUGGUGGGGGUAGAGAAUGUGUGCACUCAGAGGGACUUAACUGUGUCGGUGAUGAGUGUCCCGUAAGCUGUGAGGUUGGCUUUCUCCGUCUCUGCAGGGCUGGAUGGGGUCUGUACUUCCAAUUAAUGUUGCAUCCAGAAGAAGCCGCUUGCUGUAGAUGGAAUGAAGUAACAGGAUUCCUUCCAGCAUUAACUUCUAAGUUGACUUCCAAGUGCUUUCUUUUCUCCAGUAAUAAUUUUCUCUAAUGGCAACUUUUAAUUGUGUGAUGGUCAAUAAAAUUUACUGGCCAGAUGUAUUAAUAAGUUUAUAACUUCUUAGCAACCAAAUUUAAUAUAUUUACUCACAAAGAAUUCUGUGCAAUGAAUGUUUAAUACAAAGGGAAGAGACUAUUUUACUUCAAAGCAACAUUAAUUUAUGUACAAAACUAUAGCUCAUUCUUUGGGGUGUUUGGGAUCUAGGACCCUUUUUAUAAGCAGUGUAGUACAGUAUAAUGUGAUACUUAAGUUAAACUUUGCUCUCUCAACCUAUAUAACAAUUUGUUUUGCAUUCUUGAUGUAGACUUUCUUGAGUACACUGUCACAGAAUUAUUUUGUCAGGUGAGUGGGAUUCUGGUCAGAGCACUGAAUUUCACCAGAGUAACUGAAGGUUUCAAGAGCACCUCCUAAAUCUGGCUGCUAUCACACCCUUCACUGGUGACAGUUUUCUGACAGAGCCAAUGAAGCAAGAACAAGCUCAAGCUACAUGUUGGGGUAGCAGUGGAGCAAUGAGGGGAGGUCACCAGCUUGAAUUCACCAUGGGCAGGAGAAGAGCCAUGCUGGCGAGGUGGCCAGGCUGAUGGGAGGUGUUCUUUCAAUGCUGCUUUUGCAUCGAAUGUCAAGAAGUUUUACAAAGCUAUGGGGAGAAAACAACAGUGGUGACGACAUAUUUUUAGCUCUGUGAUUUCCUUCCAAUCUGCAUCUGCCCAGCUCCAUGAGGAAUGACGUUAGACAUAUCACUUAAUUUGCUUUUCGCUUUAUAAAAGGAAAACCAGUUGUUUGAAACACUUCCCUCAAUUUUAUGUGCUCUCUAUCUGCUUUCAGACGCUCCCUCCCUUCCUGCUCUGGAUGGCCCUUAUCCUAUUUCCACCUGAGGUCAAUGGCACUUCCCUAAACAAGUUUCCCAAAGAAACAACAAAAUUCUACAUACACCCUGAAAACACACCAUGCAAGCAGCACUACUUUUUUUCAUCCAUGUAUGUAAAGCUACAGCCCAUAUAGAAAUCCCAGAUUUCCUUUUUCCAGCCUAAUUACUCCUCUCUUUUCUUUUCCCCUCUUUUGCACUUCUCCCCUGAAUUAUUUUACCUGAAGUGGUUGCUUCAAACUAAAGCUUUGUCCUAAAGCUGUGUGGCCUCAGUUUAACAUCCAUGCAAAGCCAAACUCCUCCUCCCAUUUUUAUUUUUCUGAACAUGGGCCAGAGGCCCGAAAACAGGAGAGCAAGAUAGAGAGAAAAUUGUUUUAUACAAACAAGCCCUAUUUAUUGAACUUGCAGGUCUAUGAAUGUCCACUUACUUUGUCUGUGUGCAAGUGUUGUCUCUCUAAUAAACUCAAUAGUUGUUUUGUAUUUUUUUCUGGAUUAAAAGCUUUGUAGAAACCAAAAAGAAAAAAAAAACAUUCGGUCAUAUUUUUCUAGUCUGGCUUGUAGAAUACUUCAUGUAGUGCAGAAAGGAAGUUUUAUGGAGUAAGACAUUGUUGGAUUUUGCUCUAUUUCAGUUCUUUCUAAUUUUGUAAAAUGCCACCUGUACAUAAUACUCAACUAAUGUAUGUCCUGUAGAUGUAUUACACCAUUUAGCCUAUUAAAUGCCUAUACUGGACCGAUUGGAAGAA